AUGGUGGAACAGUCCAAGGUUCAUGAGACUCUACUGGAUGGACAAAAGCCCUUUGCUGCGUGUGAAUUUGGUCUAGAUCGACGUUUAUCCAAGGCUGUAGCCAAGAUGCGCUUUGUGCAUGCGACACUCGUGCAGAUGCACUGCAUUCCAUUGGCGUUGCAAGGUAAGGAUUUACUUGUACGUGCUCGAACAGGAUCGGGCAAGACUGCGGCCUUUGCACUGCCAUUGUUGCAUAAGAUAUUACAACAGAAACAGGACGCACCUGUCAGUGAACCAGCAAUACGCGCUCUAGUGUUGGUGCCCACAAAAGAGCUGGUGGAACAGAUUCGACGUCAUAUGAAUGAGUUGAUGUACUAUUGCCAGGAUACAGUGAGUCUGCUUGCAUUAGGUGGACAAAGCAUGAAUGCACAGCAAGCGCUACUACGUGACGCACCGGACGUGCUUGUUGCCACACCAGGUCGGCUCGUGGCUCACCUUGAAGCUGGCAAUUUGACGCUUAAGGACUCGGUGCAGACAGUAGUCAUUGAUGAAGCUGACUUGGUGUUGUCUUUUGGAUAUGGAGAAGAUAUCCGCAGCAUCUUUAACGCGCUGCCAAAGGCGUGUCAGACAUUCUGCAUGUCAGCGACAUUGAGUCCAGAGCUGGAGAAGCUUAAGCGCUCGGUCCUGCACAAUCCUGCGGUCGUGAAGCUUGAAGAGGGAGCGACGGAUGGAAAGCUCCAGCAAUUCUACUUACCUGUAAAGGCUGUUGAUAAAGAUCUACUGCUAUAUGCGUUGCUGCGACUUGGCGUGGUGAGCGGUAAGGUCAUCUUCUUCGUUAACUCGACGGAUGCGGCAUACCGACUCAAGCUUUUCUUUGAGCAGUUUGUGAUCAAGAGUGCAGUACUGAACGCCAAGUUGCCGCACAACUCACGUCAGCACAUUAUUGAAGAGUUCAAUCGCGGCCUUUUCGACUACUUGAUUGCUACGGACGACAGCGUCGAUCGCGACGAAGUUGGUGAUGAAGACGACGACGACGAUGAUGACGAAGAAGAAGAGGCGGCGGAUGCAGAGCAGGAAGAAGAGGAGACGGCAGAUGCUGAGAAGUCGGAUGCGGAUUCAGACGCUGUGGAAGAAGAAGUUAACGACGAGGAGGAUCGCAACGAAGAGGAUGAAAGUAACGAACAAGAGGAUGAUGACAGCGAAAAGGAGGAGGAUGAAGCCACGGGAAGUGACAAGGGAGAGGCAACUGAAAACGACAAUUCAGCUGGCAACGGCAAUAAACAGCAGGAGAAAAAGACGGCAGGAACGAAGCGAGAACGUGCUCACGAUGAAGACUACGGGGUGUCGCGCGGUAUUGACUUUCGUGGUGUUCAAUUUGUUAUCAAUGUGGACUUUCCGAAAAGUGUGCGUGCGUACACCCACCGCAUCGGACGUACAGCUCGUGGAGGUGCCGCUGGUACGGCGUUGUCUCUUGUAUGCAAAGAAGAUGCCAAGGAAGAGCGUGCGCUGAAGCGUGUGCAAGCGAAACAGCAGGCUGUUCGCUCCGAGGCACAUGAUGUUAUUGCCCAGCCCGCUGAACUGGCUUUUGAUCUCAAAGAAAUUAAUUGUUUCCGCUAUCGCGUGGAAGAUGUUCGUCGUGCUGUCACACGUGUGGCCGUGCGCGAGGCUCAGCUGGCUGAUAUUAAGAAGGAGAUGCUCAAUUCCGAGCGUUUGGCGGCAUACUUUGAGGCCAACCCGCGCGAUCUAAACGUGCUCGAGCACGACAAAGUCGUGGGCUCAGCGCCAGUGCAGUCUCACCUGGCGACAAUCCCGGAUUACCUUGUGCCUAUUGAGCUGCAACCACCGGCACCAGCACGCACCAAGAAAAAGUCGAACAAGCGGCAGCGUCUCACUGACGGCAAGCGCCGUAUCGACAAUGACCCAUUGCACACGUUCGUGGCUCCUAAUGCUGGUGACGACAACAAGAAGCAAACAGCGGAGGAUCGUAUCAGCUAUGGCAACGUUGGUGUAGGCAGGAGUACUGCUGGUCGUCAGAAAUGGAAGAAACAACACCGCAAGGGCCACUUUAAUCCCAAAACGAUUGCCAAGACGAAGUACAAGAUGAGCAAGGGUGCCACUCAUUAA